AUGGACAGCGGCUUUCGUUCUCAUCGCCGCGGCGCAUCCGCGCGCCUUCGCAAGACAUUUCGGUACCCGAGUGAGGAUGAGGCCGAUGAUGGAAAUGCGCUUGAGGUUAUGGAUGAGCAGGAACAAGAAUCCCUAAUCACCUCCCUCACCACCCAAAACUCCCGGCGCAACUCCCAAUUCCGCUCCCUCCUCUUGCUCAUCCCCGCCAUCGCUUCCAUCCCCUACCUCCUCGCCCUCUUUCUUCCUUCUCCCCCCUCUUCACAACAGAGACAAUCAACGUCAACAGCCCUUUUCCCCCUCCUCGCCCUCUCCUCUUUAGCCGCUACGACGUUUAUUACGGUUAAACUCCCUCCUACCAAGACGGGGUUGGGGUUUAUCGACUCUUUGGCCACUGCCUCUGCCUCUGCUGGGAAGGACAAGGAGAAGGGAAAGGGGAAGGGAAAAGGGAGCAGAAGCGGGAUGAUGAGGGUGGUUCCAACCCUUUACGGCGCUGGUGGGAUUUUGCAGCAGCCGUCACCGUUGGAGACGUGGCUACCUUAUUUGAACGUGGGACUUUGUGUACUAGUAUUAUUGACGGGUUUGGUUACCGGUGGGGGACAUCAAGUGGGAAGCAGUGUGGGAAGGGUGUAUCUGGCAGCGUUGCCGGGAGUGAUUUAUGCGGCGACGGUGGUGGCGAAGGUGGUUAUGGCGGGGGUUGAUCCGGAGGGGGAGUUGGGGGGGUUGAGGUAUGGGUAUAAGGGGGGGGUGGAUAAGGAGGAGGAGGAGGAGGAGGAGGAGGAGGAGGAUAAGGAGGAGGAGGAGGAGGAGGAGGAGAAGGGUUUGGAGGGGACGUCCAGGCAAUGA